AUGCUGAACGACGAGAACACGGCACUGCUUGACUUGCUGCCUGACCGCGUACUGGCAGAUACAAAGGUCGGUGGAAUUGUCAAGAUCAUUGAGAACACGACAAACCCCGGCAACAUUGUGAAGAAGCUGAUCGAGAGCCCUCUUGCGUUCAACAGCGCGCUAUCACUUAAGAUGACAAGUCAAGAUAAUGACAUCGCUGAACUCGCUCAAUUGCAUGUGAUCAAACGGGUUUUGUGUGCGACAAACCCCGCCGACGACACGACCUUUGCAAACAAGUGGAACAAGACCAUGGGCUCGACAGUACUAUCGAAGCGCGCAGACAUCUUCGAAGCUUGCAGCGCAUGGUGGAGACACUCCGACGCGAUCACAGAGUUGUCACGAGCAACGAAGGCUCUUGGCAUGUUUGAGAUGGCUUUGAUGGCGACAGCUCCGAUGCUCUUCAAGAACGACCACUGA